AUGGGCGUUCAGUUUCCCUCAGCACUCCACCACCAAAAGCUGCUGUUAUCCAGGCUAGGCUUGCUGCUGCUGCUGCUGCUGCUGCUGCUGCUGCUGCUGCUGCUGCUGCUGCUGACUAUUCAUUUUGGACCCUCGAAGGCUCAGCACUGGUCCCAUGGCUGGUAUCCUGGAGGAAAGGGAGCUUCCAGCUAAGCCCAGCCACCCCCACAUGCCCCCCAGGUGGGAAGGGUCCUGGGUACUGCAGCAAACAGCCCAGACCAGACCGCCCAUAACCUCCCAAGCAAUGCCCUGGCCCCCCCUGAGAACAGUGUGCCCUGGGAGGGCAGAACUACAGGCUGGUGGCCCCUCUGUAGAAAGCAGCACCUGGUGCAAACACUGCUAGUAAGUACAGGGAGAGACCUGGCAUUGGCCAGCAGGGGCCACUGUGGCUAAGGACUUGUUGGGGGAUAUGUGGACAAAAGAGGGGAGUAAUGAGCUAAAACUGAGACGACCCCUGGGCACACAGCA